AGAGUGGGAGAGACAGGUAGAUACCAAAUAAAAUAGAAGCAUGGGUAAGAAUUCUCCGCACAGUCGUUUGACAGAUAGCGUUACGCGUAACUAGUCUCGUUUUCAACCUAGAACCCCAAAAAGGUUGUUAUCGUGUCGACAACAGUUUAUACCUUGCUCUCGCAAUAAACACUCACUUACUUCGUCAACAUGGUCGCGGCCGAUACGCCGAUGGACGAAUUGUUGAGCUUUACCAUCGAAAACAAUGUGAUCAAAGGAAAGACGAAACCUUACACGUCCCACUACAAGAGUGCCGGCGCAUUGCUAUUCGACAUUCUGAAAGAGACUCCGUCUACCAUUAGCCAGGUGGAUGGGCUAACGGGUAUUGAAGAUAGCUAUGAAGAUAUGCUCGACCGCGCGAUAAAAUGCGCACUCUGGCUAAAAAAACAAGGAAUCGGAAAAGGAGAUAUUGUCGCAACUUCUACGGACGUCCACCGUGAAUGUCUCAUUCCCUGCCUUGCUUCACUUUUCAUCGGUGCAAUUUUCAACGCAUGGGACUCCGACAUGAACGUUCACCUGGCUCGUCAUUUUAUAACAAUGUCGGAGCCGAAAGUUCUCUUCGCAAACGAGGAGUCGGUUAGGGUCGCGUUGGAGGCGGCGAAGAUCGAAGUUUUCCCUGUCAAGGUGGUGACGUACGGCAAAUAUGCUGGCACGACGCCAUUCUCAGAGGUGUUGAAGGGUCAUAAUAAAUCGGAUGUGGCCGAUUUCCAAUGCACGGAAAUCGACAAUUCACAGGACACAGCGUAUAUUCUUUACUCCUCUGGGACAACGGGUUUGCCAAAGGGCGUGAUGACCUCGCAUCACUCAUUACUCGGUGUCUUGCAGAUGACCGAUCUCAUGAACAUGAGUUCGUCUUCACUGAUGUGGUUCAGUCCUAUAUACUGGGUCAGCGGUUUGUUGUUAAGCCUUCUAAGCAUCUCUACUCGCCGCAAGAGGAUCAUCACGCCGAAUUACCAAGACAAGAUAGCCUGUGAAUUGAUCGAAAAAUACAAGAUCGGAUGGGUGAUGCUGAGCACCAGCAUGGCCAAUCGGUUUGUCCGAUACAGCGGUCUGCAUGACUACGACCUUUCGAGUUUGAAGGUUCUCUUCGUCGGUGGAGCUUGCUUGAAGAAGGAAUCUCAGGAUUUGUUGAAGAAGCACCUGCCUCAAACGAUGAUUAUACAAGCAUACGGUAUGACAGAAAUGGGUGGAUUGAUCACCACCCAAGUGUCAGGCAGUAGCACGAGCGGCUCUUGCGGAAUCGUCAACGUGAACUGCCAAUUGAAAAUCGUCGAUAUCGAUACAGGAAAAACUCUGGGCCCGAAUGAAACUGGCGAGAUUUGCGGGAAGUCGAUUCACAUGAUGACGGGAUAUUUCAAGAAUCCUGAAGCUACUGCGAACACCAUCGACAAAGAGGGUUGGUUGCAUUCGGGAGAUAUCGGUUACUUCAACGAGAAAGGAGAGCUCUUCAUCAUCGACAGACUGAAGGAGCUUAUUAAAUACUUGGGAUACCAAGUAACACCAACUGAAAUCGAGAAUCUAUUGCAGUCGCAUCCGGGUGUUCUAGAAGCCGCGGUCGUUGGCAUACCUCAUCCUACGGAAGAUGAACAUCCUAUUGCCUUUGUCAGCAAGGUUCCUAACAUGGAGGUGACAGCGGAAGAAUUGAUCAAGAAAGUAGCUACCACGUUGACAGAUCAUUUCCAUCUACGUGGAGGAGUGCAGUUUCUACCAAGUCUCCCACACACUCCUAGUGGAAAGGUUUCAAGAAAAGAGCUGAAGGCAAUAGCACGAUCAAUGGCUACUACUUAAAAAGUUUUUGCGUACUGUUUAUCCCAUAAACAGAACAAAAUAGCGAUAUUGAAUGAUGCGGUGUCUAGCGUAGGGUUUUUCAAAUUAUUCUCAUCAUGUAACACUUUUCAUUUCACUAUAUAU